AUGCCUGUUGAUAGCCUAGUUUUUGCAACCCUUAACGUGCGAGGGCUAAGCGCGAGAAAGAAACAAUAUCAGCUGAAGCGUCUCCUUGACAGCUACCCGGGAAUCGACGUUUUCGCUGCCCAGGAGACUAAGAUGGGUACGGAACAGGGCAUCGAGCAAAUGCUGUCCCAAUAUUUCAUGGAUCAAGGCCGAGCUCUACUGCAGUUGGAAGCAGGAAACCCUGGAUCGUAUUUAGAGGAGAUAAGCGACAUUAAGCUUCGUCUAGAACUCCUCGACCAUAACAGGUACGAAGGCGCAAGAGUUAGGUCCAGAUCCAAACGGUUCCUUGCUGGUGAAGUUCCCACGAAAAGCAGCAUCGCAGAGGAGCGUAAGCACACGGGUGGUCGGCUCAUCACGUGCUUGGAAAGUGAGGGGAAAGUGGUGACUGACCUCGAGGACAUAAAGGCCCAUUUUGUGCAAUAUUACACAAGUUUGUUUGGGACGGCAGCUAUCACUGCCAAUCAGGGUUGUAUCCAGGCUUUCCUCUCUGAAAUGCCUAAGCUGGGGGAACCGGAUAAAGAAGUGUUAGCGUCGCCGCUCACAGAAGAAGAAAUCAGCGACGCAAUUGCAUCACUGAACUUAAAUCGUUCCCCUGGACCGGACGGUCUAUGUGCCGAGUUCUACAAGAAGUUUUCCGCUUAUCUCGUGCCUAUUUUGCUGGAUGUAUACGCCGAGGCUGAAGAAAACGGGAUUUUUUCCGGCAGUUUCCGGCGAUCGCACACCGUGCUGGUUCCUAAAAAAGUUGCAGAAAGUUCGACGGCAAAGGUUACUGAUUACAGGCCAAUUACCCUAUGCAAUGUCGAUUACAAAAUAUACGCCAAAGUUAUGGUUGCUCGACUACAACUUGUGUUACCUCAAUUGAUAGGUGAUCACCAAGCGUGCGGAAUAAGGGGUAGGACUAUACUGACGAAUAUCCAUGUGGUGCGUACCAUUCUGGAUUUGUGUCUGUACGAGGGGGACCAUGUGGCCAUGUUGCAGCUAGACCUUUCUAAGGCUUUUGACCGCGUAUGUCACACAUAUUUGUUUGCGUUGCUGGAAUACGUCAACGUGGGAGCUCGCUUUGUCGGCCGCAUCAAGCUUUGUUACGAGCAAGUUGCCACGAGCCUCAUCAUUAACAACACUCUUGCCGCACCGAUAAUGCUGCGAUCCUCGGUUCGACAGGGCUGUCCCCUGUCACCACUGCUCUUUGACUUGUACCUGGAGCCGCUGUGUCGGCGAGUCAUCCGUCUGAAUGAUAUCCACGGGUUCGAACUGGCCGGUACUGUGAUCAAGGUGGCCGCAUAUGCGGAUGAUCUUGCAUUCCUUGUCAAGGACAAACCUAGCGUAGUGAAUGUCAUGGAACAAGUUGAUUUGUUUGGCCAAGCGUCUGGAGCGCGUGUAAACAAAGACCAGUCCUUAGGCGUUUGGUGCGGCCACUGGGCGACAACACCUGGAGCUUUUUGCGGAAUUCCGUGGCAGGAACAAAACCCUCGUUAUCUUGGUGUCCCGUUGCAAGAAACCAGGAACCCGAGUAGAAUGUUGUCCCAGAGGCUCGACAACAUAAGGAAACACGCUUUCAUCUGGAGGAAGAAAGACCUUUCAAUUUUUCAGCGAGCGACAGUAUGCAACGUGUUUCUAGCUGCUAAACUGGUUUACCUUUUGCAAGUCUUGCAAUGCCCGCGCAAAGUAGUGCACGCCUGUCACAGGAUUUUUGCCACCACAAUCUGGUGCUCUACAUUUGAGAGGAUGCGUCGCGACUAUCUUUUUCGAAAACUUCGUGAUGGAGGCCUCGGCCUACAGCACCUCUUUGUCAAACAACUGGUCAUGAGACUCUGGUUCAUUCGUGAGGAGCUGCAUCCAGUUUUCGAGGGAGUAAAACGCAUCCUUACAUAUAAUUACAUCCCGGAGUUACACGUCACGUUCACUGAGGGAACGGUGCGGUUAACAGGCUUUUUCAAGGAGGUCGUUGAGUGCAUGCUGUUUUUGAAAGCCAGGUUUACCCUUGAAUACCUCUUGUCUGUCAACAAGAAAACGCUGGCGGCCCACCUGAUCGAUACAUUGUUCCCUGUGCCUGUCUAUCGAGAUAUUCCACCCACUUGGCCAGGCAGGGAUGUUUUGGUUCGAGUCCAAAGGAUGCCAAUCAAACCAAACAUGAAGACAUUCUUUUACAAACUUCAUACGUCAACACUACCUGUCAAGGCAUGGCUCGCGCAGAAGGGCAUAUACGUGCCCUGGUCGGCACACUGCAGGUUCUGCAACGUUCCUGAAACGCAUGAUCACCUUUUCUUAGACUGCACAGAAGCCCAGUUCUUCUGGGACGAUCUCCAGUAUAAAGUUUUCAAAACUCGACUUCGGCUUAACCCACACACCAUACGGUUUCUCCCAUUACACCCGAGGGAAACAGUCAGAAGACCUUAUAACGUGCACCAUUUCGGUGAAGCACUUGAUGGAAAAGUUAGGAAGGAAGAUGUCGCCAACUUCGGAGUGUACCAGUACAGCCAUAUAUGGACUAUUAGCUUCCAUAAUGGCGAGGCUAAGGACAAACUGCUUGCACUGAAAGAGAUAGAGGUGAAAGGAAGGACGUGUAAAAUCGUCGAUCCCAACUUCAAAGAAGUUGUGGUGAAAGUUCAUUGGAUCCCGAGGUGCGUACCUGAUGAAGCAGUCAUUCGUACGUUCGCUGCUUUUGGGAAAGUGAAAGAGGUCACUCGGCAAACAUGGAAAACGUCGUUCUUCGAGGGGGUGGAAACGACAACGCGUGAGGACGAACCUGACAAGGAAAUGUACACCGAAGAGACGGACGGAGACACGGCCAUGGAAACGAAGUUGAAUGAAAAAGAAGAGAGCAAUGAAGCAUUUGUAAAUGUCGAGAGACAGGACAAGGUAGACGAGGCUCGACAGAAUGAGGAGGACGAUGUAGCGAUGAAUGAAAGGGAACUGACAACGAAAAGAACAGCGGGGCGGGGAAACUAA